AAUCUAUUUUUAGCUCAGCCAUGGCGGGUUCACUAUUUUUAUCCAAAUUGAUUUGUUUUGUUCUUUAACUAGCCAAAGAAAGAAAGAGUCAAACGUUUGGCAAAACGUGAUUAGUCUUCGUGCUUUCCACUAAACCUCCCCCCUUUGUUUCUCCAAAUCUUUUCCUGGAAAGUUUGAUUAAUUUCAGGAAAUUAAUCGGAGACAAAGGAGAGGGGAGGGUAGAGACACAACGAUGCCUUCUCUUCCGGAAGAAGAAACUCAACCCAAAAACGAUUCGGGUUCGGAUCAAACCUCUGAACGCGACACCAAUCCACCACCACCGCCUUCGCCGCAAUCUCAACCGCCUCCAACGCAAACGCAACAACAAUCUUACCCACCCGUUAUGGGCUUUCCAGGCUACCCUCAAGCUCCAUACCAAAACUACCCAAACCCACCUUACAACCACAACCAAUACGCCUAUGCACAAGCCCCACCCGCUUCAUAUUACGGUUCUUCUUACCCACCUCAGCAAAACCCGGUUUACCAAACACCCCCUCCGUCCGGUUUCUUCAGAGGAAUCCUCACCGGUUUAGUCUUUAUAGCCGUCUUCCUUUGCAUCUCCACCACCAUAACAUGGCUCGUCCUCCGUCCUCAAAUCCCGGUUUUCUCCGUAACCAAUUUCUCCGUCUCCAAUUUCAACCUAACCGAACCGGUUUUCUCCGCACAGUUUACAGCUAAUCUCACCGUCGAGAAUCCGAACACGAAACUAACAAGCUACUUCAAUCGAAUCCAAGGAUUCAUCUACAACCAAAACGCGGUCGCGGAAGAAGAUUUCUUGGCCAUGGAGUACUUCCAGCCGGUUUACGUGGAGACCAAGAAAUCGGUUUUGAUAGGAGAAACCCUAACGGCGGGAGGAGAGGGACAGCGGAAAGUUCCAAGCUGGGUCGGGGAAGAGAUGAAGAAAGAGAGAGAUACGGGAACGGUGUCGUUUAACCUGUGGAUGGCUGUUUCGGUCACUUUUAAAACCGAUGGUUGGUCGGCGCGGGAAAGAGGACUUAAGGUGUUUUGCGGAAAGUUGAAAGUUGCGUUUGAAGGAGGAUCAGGAAACGGUGCCGUUUUGUUGCCUAAGCCUCUUCCUUGUUUGGUUUACGUUUGAUCCUUUUGCCUUGGAAGUUUUCUUCUUCUUGAUAUCUCUCUUGUAAUGUUUGAUUGUUUACAAGGUAUAGAAACCUAGUAAACGAAGUUACAAAGGGAAAAAAAAUUAGGUUCUAGGUGGAGAAAAAAAUCCAGUCGUUAUUAAAUCGAUCUUGUAAUCGUUUUGAAUGAGUACAACAAGAAUGUGAUAUAAAUCCUUGAUUCAGAUAUAUUUGUAUGACUCGUUCAAUCCACGGACUGUUUGAUCGAGGUUGAUUGAUAAAUAUUGGAGAUAACUAAGAGAGCAAAAUAUGUAUCUUGUAAAGUAUUUGUGGCUGUUCAAAUCCGAUUAUGAAGUGAAACACAAAAAAUCUAUAAAGCCCAAAUCUAUUUGUUUUGUGAAAUGAUAAUGAUUAGCUGAUUUAAAUAUGUAUCAUAAAAUUUGGAUAUGUUUUAUUUUUAGUUGUGAUAGAUCUAAAUUUGGUGCAUAUAUAUAACUUUCAUAUAAAUUAUUAAUAAACAAUAUAAUAAUAUCCAUCAGUUAAAAAACAAUAUAAUACUAUUCAUGGGUUGGGUCCUCAUGAACACGGACCAGGUUUGUUGGACCUGAAACAUCAUCAUGAUGGAAACUUCUCCUAGUUUUGUGUAUCAGAUUGCGUCAGAAUGCACAGAGAGAAAUCACUCGAGUCUCGAUCGUAUGUGUAGUGGAGUAAAAAUAUAUAUAUGAGAUUGAGAUAUAUAUAUAUAUAUAUAUAUCCCGAAUAAAGAAAGUUAAUGUUAGUUUAGAAGAUUUUGUGAUGUUAGUAAUUGCCUGUUUGUCAAUUUUUCAACUUUUUAGGCUAAACUUUUUUUUGGUGGGUAAAAAUAGUAUUUUCCCACUUCUAAAACUUACUUCUUUUUAUUUUUAUAAAUAAUGCAAAUAUGAAAAUUAGAACUCUAAAUUAUCACUUAAGUUCAUACUUGAUUUUUCUAUUGUGUUAUAAAUUGAAUAUUUUAAAUUGAAGUGGUUCAUUUAAAUAUGAUUAAAGACUAUUAGGAAAAAGAGGUUUACGUUGAUUAUUAUACUGAAUAUCGGUAAGAAAAAAUUAAUCUUAUACAAAACAAACCAUUAGCAUUUCUUAUGUACUUUCUUUGUUUGAUUUACUACGAUUUAAACAUAACAUAUUUUUGUAAUAUGCUUUACUAAAUUAGCAGCAAUAUGUAUGUACAUUUUGUGAGAUAUGAAGAAGUUAAACUUCAAACUUAUGAAUUGUUUAUUUGAAACGAAAAAGUUAAAUCAUAACUAAUUAAACCAAGCAUGAGGCAUGCACGUAACCUAUUUUAGUUUUCGCCUAUAUGGUAAUACGCAAGAUAUUUACUUAUAAUGGUGUUACAUAUUCACAAUCAAAUGCGAUUAUCUACACUGCAUUAACACAAAAGGCCAAUGCUAUGUAAAUAUAGUACUUAUUUAUUCAUCUAUAUCAAUGAUUUAUAUAGAUUGGUUGGUAAUGAACGCGUAAUUUAAAUAGAAAUAAAAGGGUUGGUGGUUUGUCUUUAUGUAAUAAACCUAACAAAAUGGAAAUGUAACGAAGGAAAAGACACUUUGCAGUUUGCAUUAUGAUCAAAUGUAACUUUAAGAAAGAUUCGAAGUCUUUAGUUGGGCUGUGGAGAUAGAAGUUGCAGCCUGUAACAUGACCACGUGGGUCCUACUCCUACUCUGUAAAACGAAGAAAAGGCGGAGACGUGUUUUGUUUUCAAGUCAACAGCCAACACCCAACGCAGGCGCAACACAUUGAUAUGAAUAAACACGUUAUAUUGUUGAUCAAAAAUAUCAAUCAAAUAAUUAGUUAUAUAUCUAUAGCCUUAAAGCUUUAUAAUUUGCUUGGGCAUUGCACGAAUGUUAGCUAUUAUAUCAUUAUUUAGGAUAAGAUUGAUAUAUUCUCUUAUAUAUAUGGAUUUAACGUUGCAUUCACUCUUGUUGGGUAAAAACUAGAAAGAGUUGGUGGGCUAGCCGAGUAGGUGACGUUUUAUAUUAGUACUAUAUUUGACAUGAAUGAGAUUAAUGAAGUAAAGCGAUGAGUACAAUUGAGAAGAACUGAAAGGAACAAAUCCCAUACACUAACUAAUCGUUAUCAACAAUUCAUCGAUACAAAGUAACUUUUAUAUAUUUAUUUUUUCAAAAACAUUUUAGAGAUAGACAUAAUAUAAGUCAUCCAAAGAUUUAGCUGAGUGUUCUUGAAGUAUUAACCACCAAGGAUUUAUAUGGUUAGCAAUCGAUAUCCAAUGAAAUGUUAUAUAAUAUUGUAAGCAUUUCGUUAAUUUUUUUUAUUUUGUAUUAGAUCUCAAAUAUCUCAAAACUGAUACUAUAAAAUAAGAUACGCCAUGUUUUAAUACUAGAAUAUUCUACCAAAACCAACCAUAAAAUGACACAUCUAACACCGAAAAUAAAUUUAUCUUUGAACUGAAUUCUUUUGAUUUACAAAAACUGUAAUUUUAGAAUAAGAAAAUAUGUCACAUGCGCCAUGUUCUUGUCUAAACUAAAAUAGUUAUACCAAAAUAAUAAAUCCAAAAUAGACUCAUAUUUUAACAGAAUUAAUCAUGAG